AUGGCUCGCGAGGAGCUCAUCUCCUCGGCUAUUACGUUCCUCCAAGAUCCUUCCGUCGCAUCGUCGCCGCUCGAGAAACGGAUCGCUUUCCUUCAGUCUAAGAAUCUGACACAGGAGGAAAUUGACAUCGCUAUUGCCCGAGCAGGCGAUGAAACAGUUCAAUCGACGACAACGACGACAGCGCCUGUAGGAUAUAGUCAACAGCAGUCUCCUGUCUAUCGCCAGUCAGCUCCCCCGCCCGGUUAUGGCUAUCCCCCAUAUGGCCAGUGGCAGCCGCCUCCAGAGGUCCCUAGAAGGGAUUGGCGCGAUUGGUUUAUCAUGGCAACGGUGACAGGCGGCGUUGGCUACGGUUUAUACUUCCUUGCAAAGAGAUAUGUCGUUCCUCUUAUAGCGCCUCCCACCCCCCCACAACUAGAACAAGACAAGCAGAGUAUCGACGAGCAAUUUACUCGCGCCUUUGCUUUGAUCGAUCAGCUAUCCUCAGACACUGCGGCUUUGAAGUCAGCAGAAGAAGCACGAACAGAGCGCUUAGAUGCCGCUCUUCGCGAAGUCGAAAACGUUGUAUCCGAGUUGAAAUCGUCAACAAGGCGGAGAGAUGAUGACACUCGUCGCAUAAGCGAGGAGGUUAAGAAUCUCAAAGACAGCAUUCCCAAAGCUCUUGAGGGUGCCCGGGAAGGAAACGAAACGCGACUCAAAGAACUUGGGACAGAGCUGCGAAGUCUCAAAGUGCUCUUGAACAACCGACUCAGCACUGGUAGCUCGAGUACAAAUCCGGCUCCAUCGCCAGCGCCACCUGUCAGUGAUCCAGUAUCACAGCCAUCUAUCACAGCCUCCAAUAGUGCUACUCCUGUAACGGUCCCCACCACCCAAACAGCCAGCACUUCCAAUACCAACAGCCCUCUUUCCCAGUUGGGCAGAUCUGCUUCGAUUCCAGCCUGGCAAAUGGCUGCGGCGAACAAAUCAAAGAACGCAGCCCAAUCGCCAGCUACAGGAGCAAGCGAAGAAGCUCAAGCUUCCAACUAG